CGCCCUAACUCCCUAUCAUGGAUAUCUACACGCGCCUCCGACCAUCCAGACAGUAUAAGCUCUUGGAGCUCACUCCUGAGGUGCUAACAAUCCUCGAAGCGGGCACGGAGGAGCUAUCGAUCAAGGCGUCUGGAAAGGACUCUGAGAUUGUGUUGUGCUCGUCAGACGCAACGUUCCAGAUCAGACAGAAAAACCAUACAAACACGCUCCUCCUCAUGAAUCACACACAAGAUGGGGCGGAUGAACGGUUGGUGGGGUUCAGCUCGCUCAGCUCGGAGUUGGAGCUCACCAAGGUAAAAGGCAAGAUCGAUUUAAUCUCGAAAAUUCCUGUUUAUGCCAAUUUUGGCGACGAUUUGUCGCGGAUCGAGAGCUGUGGGUUUUUGGACAUCACCGUGGAUGAAUUAGUGUGCCGGUCACCGGUUUCGACCAGUGAGUUCCGGACGCUCUGGUUCGAUAAGUAUAACGGCUGUGAGAUCGAGGGGAAGGCGGUGCUUUUAUCACGCGGUUUCAUCACCCAAGCCUUAAACUUUGUCCUCACAGCGCUCCUAGCGUCGGAGUUGGAUAUGGCUCGGCUCAGUGUGAGAGACACUUUACAAGCCGUUGAAGACACCGACUACACCCAUGAGCUCGUUCGAACAGUACUCUGGAAGUUUUCACUGUUUCCUACCGUGAACGAACAGGGGGAGGAGCAAUUUUCAUUGGAUAAGGCAAAGGUCAGUAAGUGGUACGGGGUGAAUGCCUUGCGCGAGCAUGCCCAGAGACUCAUCUCCCCCGAUGAAUUCCUUAUUGCAUGGAAAUCCGCCUUCCCGCCGUUUUUCGACUGCCCCAUCGACUUGCAGAUGUUAGCAGGUUACUAUGUACGGCCGUUGGUGGAUAAGAUCCAGUAUAUUAACCUUGACACGGUGGUGCUAGUCGAGAAGGACCCGAUUAAGCGGUUCAAGAUGUUGUUCAAACUCCAGUCCACGUGGGAUAUGCCCGAUAUUUUACCGUUUAUCGAGGAUCUCAACGUGCGAAACUUGAAGAUUGAUAAUUUUAUCAUGAAAUACGCGAAGAAGAAACGUGUGGGGAAAAAGUUUGUCGUCACAGGAAGGUAGAAUUGGCAUUGUAUAAAGUUUCUGAGCGUCAAAGACUUUUUGUGAAUUAACGUGGUUUUGUACAGUGUUUGUGGUUGCAUAUGGAUUCCGGCUGAUCUGAGGUCUUGAAUAUGAUGCUUAAAAGAUCUCAGAGUGGUUGAUUUCUGAUUGUUUUUUGAGCAUACAGGUGGUUUGGAUGUCAAUCCAUAUUUCGCUUCAUAGAGAUUUUAAGGACCAUCCCGCUUUAUAAAAAAUGUG